AUGGGGAUCCAGGAUCAGAUUACGAAGCGCAACAUCCAAGUGGGUGAGAACGAAUUUGUCAAAAUGAAACAGUGGGGCGUCGUCGGGGGCCUGAUGGAACUUUUGGGAUACGUCAAGUCGACCGUUGAGCCAAGAUUCGAGAUACUCUUUCGAUUCAAUUGGGCCGGCUCCUAUAUCAGUAAACCAAUAUCCCAGAGCCACGCAGGAUUUACAGCCCACCGGGCCGGGUUGUUGCUGCUGUUGCGGAGACAAAGGAAUAGAUCGCAGGACGGUUAUUAUGGAGGCGACUUGAGAAACGACGUCUACCCGUUCCGUAUGGCUCAGAUCACCCCAGCAUUGUUCGAUUGA